CGCACUGUAGUUAAAAAGUUAUUUUUAUCAUGUAAAUUAAGUUAAAAAAACAUAACAAAGUGAAAUAGAACCACUACAAGAAUCACUUUUUUCUAAUCAAAUUCACUCGUUAGCAGCCGCAGUUCCCAGACUUCCCGACGUACGGCAAAUCAUUAGCAUAAGGGUCAAAGUUCAAGCAGUGUCCAGGAGCUACUUGUCACCCUCAUAUAACCACUGGGAUGUUAAUGUCUCCCCACCGUGGGGCAAACAGUAGCCACUGUAAAAACCCACCGUCACCUCUGACCCCUCUUCCCCUCGAGUCGCCGGUCUUUCCCGCUAUUGAUCCUUCAGAUUCCUCUGACGUUGCGGGUAAGUGUGACAAUCCUCUUCCAGAUAAAGGCAUUUGGGGAGUCAAUGCCUGCGACCCGGCCAGCGUGUGUGUCAAAACUCUCUGUAGCGAGAGGGCCGCUCUAUCGUUAAAGUCAUUCGUGCGCGGUUCAAAGGUUAAAACCAUUUCUUCCGAACAGAGAGGCAGGAGGGUCAACGGGAUGAAGGCAGGAACUCAGCAGUGACACAUAAAAGAGGCUGCAGAUACAAUGGAAGUGCUCACAGUGCUGCUCAUGCUCUUCGCAGUUUCUGGGUACUCACAAGUGUUGCAACCUGGACUGCAAGCCAGCCAGAUAGCUGGGAUGGAGAGACACCGUUGGUUUCAGCUGACGAAUGUUUCAAUACCAGUGGAAGCCAAAGGAAGUGAGGCAAGGAAAUCAGAGCAGGAAUCAAGGAGUGAGGGAUUGACCCCCGAGACAAACCCAGGGAAGAAGAGGACGGCUUUGGACGCAUUUUUUAAGAUGUUGAGAGAAGAAGCGAAAAGAGACGACAUUCAUGCAGCCGAUAUUGUGGCGGAUUUAGAUUCAGAUGAAGAAGUGGAGAGGAGAGAAGAGGGGGACCGUCUGGUUACGAAAUCAGAGAAAACUGAGUUAAACGAGGACACGGUAAAAACAAUCCCUACAGGAACGAUGAAAACACUCAACGAUCUAAAUGCUUCGGUUGAAGAUACACUGAAGCAUAAAAAAGUGGAAGAGGAAAGAGAGAGCAGGUUGGUUGCAGGAAUUAUUCUUCACCAAUCAACCCGAGGCGUUAAGAUGUUGACUGUAGAUCAAGAAAAGGUAGAAGAGAAAAGAGUAUUUAAAGAGAAUGAAGAUCACACAGCAGUUAGCGAUCUCACACCUCUUUUGAGCACAUCCUCUGCUCAGUUUGGGGAAGAAUUUGUGAUUCAAAGUAUCACUCAGACUCCAAAUCCUCCUGGUUCUCCUCCUCCAGUUCAUCGUCAUAAUGUCCCUCAAUCACAAUUCUCUUCGUUCCCUCCCUCCCAACACGCCAGAGUUAGUCCUCCCUUUUUCCCUCCAUCUGUCACGUCGCCCAAUCCCAGAACCAUCGAUCACAUCUCAGUCACAGCGGGGCUUCCUGGUGAGAUGCAUCAACUGGAAGCCAAAGCCGGCCCACGUUUGGAGAAUGACUUGGUCCAGAUGGUAUUGUUUGAGCCGGCAAGGAGGGAGCAACAAACCACCGUCGUUCAACCAGAGUAUAUGACCGAAUAUAUCCCCACGGAGCAAGUGGCAACGCCGAAACCCAACGAAGCAACGCUUAGAACCAAAGAGGAAAAUCCUAUGCAGAAAUUAAAUAAGAGUAAUCCCGCUGUGGAGCUAGAACCAGACGCAACUCAGCCCAAAACGGUUGAGCUGAUAGAAAACAACACUAAAACAGUGAGGCGGGACAGAGGAUCUCAUCUUCAACCACGACUGACCAAACCUUCAGCAACACCGCAGCAGACGAUGGCAAAAACACCUCCAACGAGGCCAACAAAACUCAACAAAAGUAGUCAACAUAAGCCCAGUAAGAAGACCAAGAAAAGGAAAAAGGACAACAAAACACAAAAGCCCUCGGAGAAGAAAAAGGUCAUCAAGCCAACGCACUUUCCUUACUUUAAGGAUAACUACUGUCCUCCUGACUGCGCCUGCUUUGGACGAGUGGUCCAGUGCUCAGACAAAGCCGUGGACAAGAUUCCUUACGGCAUUCCCUAUAAUGCCCGUUACAUCCUCCUCAUGAACAACCUCAUCGACAGCAUCCAGCUGGACCUGCUCAAAGAAUACGUCUCCAUGGAGUUCCUGGUGCUGAGCAACAACCGGCUCACGGUGGGUACCGUUGAGGGGGCCUUCGAGGGGGUCCCGGCUCUGAAGCGCCUCUACCUGGAUAGGAACCUCCUGGACGCCGUGCCGACGGAUCUUCCAGCUUCUCUGGAGGAGCUUCGUCUGGACAACAACCGUCUGAGCGUGAUGUCCGAAGCCGCCUGGGCCCGCUGCCCCGGCCUCUUGGUUUUGAGCCUGAGCAACAACAGCCUGGGCAACGGAUCUGAAUCUCUUCCCGCCGCAGUGCUCUCUCCUUUGUACAAGCUGCGCACGCUGAACCUGGACCACAACCAGUUGACAUCCGUGCCUCUGGGUUUGCCCCUGUCCAUCAAGGAGCUGUACCUCAAAGGGAACCUCAUUGAGGACUUCAGGAGAGGAGCCUUCAAUGGGAUAUCAGAGCUGGUGGUGUUAGAUUUGAGUACCAACAGACUGACAAGCAAGGGCCUUCUCAGGGAGUCCCUCCUCAAUGCAACUCACUUGGAAAGCCUCAACUUAGAGGGGAACCGACUAAAAAAAGUGCCACGACAUCUUCCCCGCUCACUGAAAACUCUAAAUCUGGAAGGCAAUCUCAUAUCUUCCGUCAAGAAAGCGGCUUUUGGCACCUUGAAAAACCUCGAGCACUUGGGCUUAGCAAGAAAUAAAAUCUUCAAAGUGGCUCCGGGGGCAUUCCGGACGUUGCCUGUACUGCACCAGCUAGACCUGUGCCACAACAGCUUGCGCCACGUGCCCAGACAGCUGCCGGAGGCUCUGCGCACGGUAGCACUCAACCACAACAGGAUUAAAUCAGUGCCUCGGGAUGCUUUCUGCUGGGGCAAUAAAAGUGUGAGUCUCAGCGGGCUUGUGCGAGUGCAGUUGGAACACAAUUUAAUCGACGUGGGCAAGUUGGAUGCACAGGCUUUCAGGUGCUUACGGGGAUUCCAGGUGGUGCACUUCUACUGAACCGGCAAAAGAUAGAAACAAACGAUACUGCUGCUAGUUUGCCUGAUAUCAGGCAGAAUUGUCUGAUAUCUGGUAAAGGUUGUCAUGUUAAAUUCAUAACUUUUAUUUUGCAGCCAAAAUGCCAACGAGAGACCAAGAGUGAACGAUUCGUAGAUGUCGGGGUAAUUUAAGCAGAGUCUCAACCAGACGUCUAAACAGAUUUAACAAGAUUUAAAGUGAUACUCAGGGCUUUCGAUUGAUUUAGAACCGUCUUGAUGAGGUCCGUAGUCAUCAUUAUUAUAAAUAUUACUCUGAUGACAGAGACUUGACAUUAACGUUGCUCCCACACGCUCUGCCACUAUAUUUUAAUUUAAUGAUAUAAAUGUAAUGAAUAUGCUCAUAAUAAGACAUGGAUGAUGUAACAAGUCUGGUAUUUUUACAGAUGAGUUUCAGAUAUCUUUAUUGUUUCAGUCUCCGUGGUUACAGUAGCGGAUUCCGCUCCCACUUUGGCAAAACAAUUGAUAUGUGAAUGUCUGAGGCAAUUUUCACACAGCGAAAUCUGUACCGCGUUGUAAGUUAGAAAAUACACAUAAGCAAUAUAUCUAUAGACACCUUCAUAGCUUACAUGCUGUUGAUUUUAUGUAAAAUGAGACUUCCUUAUAACUUAUAUGUACAAACAAGUUGAACUGUUGUUCCUAGAAGUUCCUAAAAUGUGCCACUCAUCUGAGUGGUACGGUUCCCUUUCUGAGCUAUUCCUGUGAAUAUAAAUAAUAAAGAUGUUUCUAAACAA